AUGGUCACUUGGAAAUCUAUUGACUCCAAGCAGAAGGGCUGUGAAAAGCAGGGUGUGGUAAGCGACUAUAUAAACGAGUGCCUGGAGUUUCAUCAACCCUUAGAACGACAGGGCCAAAAAAAAAAAGAAUUGGUCAUGCAUAGCUCAGUUGCUCACUGCUGUCUCAUCUUUACCUGGAUUCUUAUCUUCAGCUCCGGUAUGCACAAGUCCAAAGCUCUUCAGGAUUACACAGGAGCUAACCUCACUCUACAGCUCGAGGCUCUUAAAUCCGGAAUGCUGGAGUAUCUAGGGAUGGACAGACCGCCAGACUUGAGAGGAAAGGCUUCCUACCGAGAACUGGUCGAAAUGUCUCAUGAGUAUAGGACCAAGAGGUGGCAGACACAGUCCUUCUCAAGUUUGUUCCUUCAUACGACAGUACAGUCACUGGAUUCUCAGCAGGGUCAGGAAGGCAAUACAGAAUCAACGACUCAGUGGUUUCGGGCUGUGUUCCAAAAAGAGUCUCUUCUUACAGAGGAGAUCAUCUUGGCUGAAGCACAACUUCACCUUCAGAGACAGCUUAAGGACAACUCUGACCACUCAGAACAUUGUCAGAAGGUUUAUGUUAAAAUACAGGAAACAUCAGGGUCUGACAUUAAUACGCUUUUUGAUACAAACAUUUUUACCAUUGAAGGCCACAACGUUACGCUGGAUGUGACGUUUGCAGUCGACAAAUGGCUUAUAAAAGACAGCCAUACUUUACUCAUUGUUGACAUUGGGUUUAUCAAAGGGAAGGAUGAAGGACCUGAGCUCAUACCCCAGCUCUGUUUGGAACUUAAACUGCCGGUUAAUAAAGCGAGACAAACACGUUCCACCUACGGACAAGGUCUCGAGGACGACGGUCACUGCGGUCGCAGAUCUCUGACUGUUUCCUUUGAAGAGAUCGGCUGGUCAGACUGGAUUGUUGCUCCUGCCGGCUACACAAUGUAUUUCUGUGACGGUACCUGCCCACACAAUUACAAACCAGCCGGUCUGCACACUCAGGUAAAGUUUCGCCUACAUCGCUUGACCAAGGGAGCGACGCCUCGCCCAUGUUGCGUGCCAGCCGCCUAUGAUCCCAUGAUUCUCAUGCAUUACGACAGUCGGGGAAAGUUGAAGUUAACAUCCUUCGAUGAUAUGAUAGUUACCGACUGCUACUGUGCUUAACAUUAUUAGCCUGGAGGACAGUGGGGUUAUAAUAAGAGAUCUCUUUGGAGAACUAUUACCUUGCAUUCAGAAAUAAUAUUGUGUAACAAUGUUGUACAUUGAUUUGGUUAUAUUUCUGACAUUUUAAAGGGUUUUUUUCUUCCUCAAGGGAGGAAGUACCACCUUUUUCAUCAGCACUCAGUAUU